UAGAGUUUACGUCACGAAACAUCGCCAUAUUGUUGAUAAAUGGUAAAGUGGAAAUAGUAGAGUUGGAAAAUUAAUGAAAAUGAAUAUAUAAUACCAUUUUAAAACCAAUUUUUUAUUUGAUUAAGUCAGGAGUAAGUGUUGUGUGUGUGCCUCAACAUCAAAAUGACGAUUUUACCGAAGAAAAAAGCGACCAAAGAUAAAACUGAUUCGGAUAAAUCUGAACAUGCAGGGGGACAUUCGCACAGUCACAAUCACCAACACCCUCACAGUCACAAUCACUCUCAUUAUCAUCAUAAUACUGCGAGUGAAGUCAGACAUGACAAACCAGCACGAGGAAGAACAUCGCCAACAAGAUGGCUUCCAAAUGCACCUCGUGAAGAACUGCCAACCCAUGACCCAGGUGGAACAAACCAUGAAACUUGCACGGCUUCUAUUUCUAAUCAUAACAUAAACAAACGGAGACACAGAUCAUCUCCUCAUCGAACUAACCGUAAACAUCGGGGUCAUUCAACUCCUUCCCAGCCUCACAGUCCAUGUGCUGGGCCGUCGAAUGAAUUAGAGGAUGAAUGUUCUGGGUAUAACAGUGGCGACGAAUACAUAGCUCCACCACCACGCAGUGAUAAUGAAGAAGAGCUUGAAAGGUGGUUUGAAGCAGCUUUAAAAGAAAAGAAGGGAUUUAAUAUAAAAAAGAUGGGAGAAGAUGGUGCUUGCCUUUUCCGUUCUAUUGCUGAUCAGGUUUAUGGUGAUCAAGAAAUGAAUGGAGUAGUAAGAAAACAUUGUAUAGAUUAUAUGGCUAAAAAUAGUGAUUUUUUCUCGCAAUAUGUGACAGAAGAUUUUUUUACAUAUCUAAAUCGUAAACGGCAUGAUAAUUGCCAUGGUAACCACCUAGAAAUGCAAGCAAUGAGUGAAUUGUUUAAUAGAAGAGUUGAAGUUUAUCAAUAUAGUUUAGAACCAAUAAAUAUAUUUCAUGGUGAUGGAACUUAUUCAGAGAAUGAGCCUAUUAGAAUCAGUUAUCACCGUAAUGCUCACUAUAACUCUAUAGUAGAUCCAUAUAAAGCAACAAUAGGUGUGGGACUUGGUUUACCAGGCUACCAACCAGGAUUAGCUGAAAAUAAUUUAAUGCAAGAUGCUAAAAAGCAGUCAGAAGAAUACCAUAUAGAAAAGGCUAUGUUAGAAGAUAAAAUGCGUGAAACAGACUGGGAGCUGACACAAGAUACAAUAGAAGAACAAGUAGCCAGGGAAUCUUAUUUACAAUGGGUACAGGAACAAGAGAAGAGAGCUCUUAGACAGGGAACUAGAUCUGCGAGUGCCACAUGCAGUUCAUCAAGUGAUUAUAGUCACAGUACCUUUGAAAAUACUUCUUCACCUGAUCCACCUAGAAAUCGCUCUCCUAGACUUCGUUCAGGUAAUAAUUCUAACCAAAACAGUCCAACCAGAGUAGAGAUGAUGGAUGUACCUACAGCACCCUCAACUGGACAAGAAGGUUCAUCAAGUGAAGAGAAGAAAGAAUUGAUACCUACUGAUUUUACCAUGUCUAUUGGAGCUGUUGGUGGAUUCGAGGAAACAACUUCUCUAAUGGACAAUCUACCCCCUGCAAUGUUUGGGUUAUCGGAUUAUGAUGACAAUGACAUAUUAACACAAGUUAUAGCACAGUCCCAACAAGAAUACCUUGAUAGUUUAAAGAAAAAUAAAAAUAGUCCCCAGGCCGCUGGUUCUAGUGGGGAAUGUAGUACAAGUAGCAGUAGUUAUACCCCACCUACCGAUUCUCCCAGUUAACAAUGAUAAAAUACUUAGACUUUAAUACCAUUCUAUGUUUCAAAGAGCUAUAUCUAGGCAUUUACUGCAGGACACUGCAGAGGUGAGGUGCCGUUCGAAAAUGGCUUUGACAUAGUUUAAUUCAGCCUUAUAUCUUGAUAGUGUAUUUGUACAUGUAUCAUCACAGAAGAAAUAAUUGUAGUCUAAAAUUAUAAAAGACAAAGCUUUGAAAUUUGGAGGCAUGAUUUGGUUUCUGACUGAAAGCUUUUUUGGGUCUUUUUUUUUUAUAUAUAUUUGAAAAUAUGACAGUAGACAUACCUCUUUUUAAUGUUGAUGUUUUGCGACCAGCACCUCCCCUUAAAAGGUUAUUCACGGACACAUUAGAAUAUUGCCUUUUCGUUUUACAAGAGCUAAUACCAAUCUUAAAACUAAGAAGCUAACACUUUUGAAGUUUUUAUUGAUAAGCAUCAAGUUUACUAAGAUUGUGAUAAUUUUUAUUAUCAAUGAGUCAAUUUCUACCUUAUAAAUAUUGAUGGUAUAUGACAGUAUUCAGUCGAUGCUGUCAACGAUAUUGAAUUAUUAAAUAAAUUAUAUUUUGUUAAAUACUGAUGAUUAUUAACAAUUCUGCAUUAAAUGCCAUAAAAAAUGUUAAGCUUGACCAAACAAUUACUAAUAACAAGAUUGAAAAGAUUGAUUAAACCGCUCCUAAAGAAACUUCUAUGCAAAUUUUGAAAAGCAAUUUUUAUCUUUAUAAACUGAUAUAAAUUGUUUGUCAAUAAAGGAAAGGUUAUUUUAUUCUGAGCUUGGAUAUAGCUCUUUUCUUACUACAUGUUCUGUCAUAAAAAAAUAAAUAUCUUUUAAAAAUAAUGUAUAAUUUGAACUAGUUUAUAUCUAUAAAUAUAUAUACUUCAACUUGAAAUUUAGAAUAUCAGAGGUCUGUUUAUGUAUCAUUGAUUUUGUAUAUCUUCAACCAUAAUGUAGGAUUCAUAAAUUUAAAUGAUAAAAAUUGUCGGCUUAUGUGACAAGACGUGUUGAGAAAAUCCCAUUUUUCAGUUUAAUUUUUAAGAAUAAUUCUUCCAUGAAAUUGAUAAUCCAAAACAUCAACCGACUAAUUUUUACAGUUAUAAAAUGUAAAAAUUUCUAAGAAAUACUUAUUAAUCUGUAUGGAGAAAAUAAUAAUUGGAUCCUUGAUAGAUAGACCUCUGAUUUUCUUAAAACUCAAUAAAAGGUAUGAAAAGGUCUUUGCAAGAAGCAAAAUUGUACAUAUAUGCAGAGGUCAUGUGUUUUUCAUGCAAAUUCCACAGAACAAAAUGUAAGAGAUCAAAUGCUUAUUGUUUUGGGGUUUUUUUUAUGUAGUGUACUAACAGACCAUUGGUAUUACUAAAAGAACAUUAGAUUUUUAUGUGAAGACAGAUCAAUGAUGUUAGGCAAAUGUUUUGUUUUUUUAAAUUCAUUAUUUCUGUUGGAUAAUCAGUUUUUGGAGAUUUUUGUAGGCCUUUGCAUUUUUUCACGCAACUUUUAAAUUGCUAUCUCGACCUCUACAUAUAUGUCAAUUUAUAUAAAUGUUAAAUGACAAUGAAAUGAAAUGGGGUUUAAUGUCCUACUGUGUUAAAUGACAAUGAGGUGGCCUAAUUGGGUUUUUUUUUGUGAUAUGCAUAUUAUAGGAUAUAUUAUUUCAACAUACAAGUGAUGUGUUUCUUUCUUUCAAAGAAGUUGAAGUGUCAACUUCAUGCAUUCUGCAUUUAUGUGUGUAAUGUUACCAUGCAUAGAUUGCAUUUUAAUAUUUUUUAUGUGGAUAUGUUAAGACAAACGUAUUUCUUUUAUAUACUUUGUGUGUGAAAGCUUUGAGAUAAUGAUUUAGAUACAUCAAAAUUCGUUGUUUCAUAGAAAUGUUUCCUUUACUUAUUUCUAAGAUUGGCUUGAAAUUUGCUGCUUAAUAUGGAAAAGUAAGAAACUAUCAACUGAUUGUACACCAUAACCACAGUUUGUGUAAUUGCCAAUAAUAAACUAUGCACUUUUUUAAUGGUACUAAUAACAUGUUAAUUAAGGAAACAUUUUUUCUUAAUCAUUUGUGUUUUUACAUAAAGUUCAAUGGCUACUGGAUUUUCUGUGCUAGUAUAGAUAUUUAACAUGAAAAUCCUAAAUAGAGUAUCAUCAGCCAUCUUGAUUAUUAACUCCUUUACAUUCAGACUUAAAGUAGCUAAGUCUCUAACUCAAUAUCAUCGAAAAUAUUCGACAUUGAAAACACAAAUUAUUUGUCAAUUCAAAUCAACAUUGGUCAUGUUAUCUUACAGAGAAAAGAUGGACUUCUGAUAUCCAAUAUUCAAGACAAAAUAAACAUUUUACCAUUGGUACACGAAUCGUGUACCAUAAUGCGUUUCAACGCCAUUUGGAACAAGGGACUCAAAGAACACGACUAGACAUAUUUCACAAGUCAUGUGAAAUGGUGACGCUAUAUUUUUAUCUGGAGAGCAUGCGCAAUAAAUACCAUCAGUGUAGACUGGAAUCACCAGACGCUAAUGAUUGUCAUUCAAUUGAGACUUCUGGCGUAUUUCGCCGAACAUAACUGAUUAGAAAUUACAGUAAAAACAGAAACGAUUGAAUGUAAAUCCGUUUAUAUACAUUCAUAUUACAUUAUUAUAUGCGUUGCGACCCAUUUGUGUCAAUUUCUAGGUCCCAAAUAUUAGCGAUUUAGCUCCUUUAACUGUUACGAUGAAAUAGAGAUUAAGAUUUUCAAAGUCUUCAAUAAAUAUUGUAUCAUAAGGAAACCUGUAUUCAAAAACAAUCUGUAUCUUACAUCUUACUUAUAACAUUAUUAUUAUGUUUUCUGUGCCAUUCUUUCAAUGUGAAUAUAAAUUUUUGAAAAAUAGUUUUUGUGAAGUAUUUUGGUAAAAUAAGAUAAUGAGAUGGCUAUGGAAACUAUUAACAUUAUAUUAUUGUAUACUGUAUACUAUUAACAUUAUAUUAGACACUUAUGUAUAUUUAUUUUUUUAGAUGACUAUAUUAUAGAAUUCCAGAAGAACAUUAUUUAUGUAUCCAAAUAUGAACGACUUAUUUUAAAUGUGUAAAGCUUAAUUAUCAUAAGCAGGGAUAGAACAACAAUAGUAGGCAAUAAUACAUAUGAAAAUAAUCUAAGAUAUGACUGUAAUUUGAUGCUUUGUACAGUCUUUGUAGUUAAAAGAGACAAAUUUUUGUAAUUAUUAUUUUCUAUUAUAUUAUAUCUGUGAUUUCUUCUAAUUGUAAUUUAAAUUAAGAUUUUGAUAAUUGGAUUUGUUUUAUAAUAAGAGUAACUGGUUGGAUUUCUUCUUGAAUCCACUUUGAUAAACCACCUGCAAAGACAAUUGAGCUGGCCUAUACUGAAAGAAGAUACUGCCCAGUUUACCCAUUUUCUGGACGGUUUUAAAUUAUUGGAAUUCUGUUUUAUGCUCACAUUGAACGCUCUAGAGGAUAAAUUUAUUAUCUUAUUGACUUAAAACUUUAUUCACAUAGUUCAAUGAUUUUCUGAUGAUUAGUCAGAUGUAUGAUUUCUUUAACUUAGGGAGUAAUGGCAUACAGAAAAACCAAUACCAUUGUAAACAAUGAAAAUUAACUAAUUAUUGAUUUAAAUUGUGAUUUCUUUUAUAGUGCUUUAUAAGGCUAAAAAGAUACUUUAGCAUAACAUUUUAGUUUUUUUUACAAAUUGUAAUUUUGCACCAUGUACUGUUCAUUAUAUGUAAAUAUAUAUUAUUAACACAAUAUCAGAGAGAAACAUGUUGCCUAGGGUAAAUAUAUAUUACAAAACAUGCUUUAAAUUAUGAACUGGCUAUGUAAAUUCAGAUGCAAUCAAGCAUUGUGAAUUAAAUUAAUGGAGGACUUUUUAUGUAAAUUCAGAUACAAGUCAUAAUGAUGACUUCAAUUUUAUGGGGAUUUAAUCUUGAUAUUUAUCAACAUUUAUUAUAAUAUGGCUCAAGAAAUAUGCAUCAUGUAUAAUUUAUUGUUUUGAUAUUGUGUUAAUUGUUUGUAGAUUUAAGGUCUGGAUAAAGUCACAAUAUUGUUUGUUUGCUGCACAGUUUUUAUUUCACCUUUAAAAAAUACAUUGGGGACACCAUUGAAAAUUUGUGACUUUGAGGAAAAAUUAGGAUAAUAUUCUAUUUAUAUACACAGUAUAUAAUUACACGAAACUAGAUCACUCUAUCCAUCAGAUGAUUCAAAGAUCGGUUUAUCAACAACAUCCCUAUGCGAUUAAAACUCCCCGAUUUCCAAACUGUCAUUGAGACAUAUAAUAUUGAAAAAAUAACAUUGAUUUUAAAUGAUUUGAGUUAUAAACAGCAAUCAAUCAAGGUGUUUUAUACUGGUCUCAUACAUUGGUUGCUUCUGGAAACUUAUUAUUGUUCUUUAUAUAUUGUGUUGUUAGUUGUUGGGUAAUUCAUUUGUUAAAUAUUAAAGUAGGUUGAUUGAAGGCAAAUUGUUGACAGGUUUUAAUAAUUAUUUAUGAUAUAAACAUGACCAAAACAUUUAUCUAUUAUGUUUGACAUUUAAUUACAAAGUGUGGUGUCACAUCGGUUUUAUGGUAAGAUCAGAAUAUGAAAUUGGUCCUAAACUUACAUCAGUUCUGAAAUAAGAUUGAACUCCAGUCAGAGAAGCCAUCGUUUUGUGAAAUAGCCAAUGAACAACAACUGGCCUUUAAUACUGGCAAUAAGAGCUGCAUAUUCAGAUAUGUCCAUGUUUCUGAAAAAACUUGUGUCAAUUGUUCAAUAUAAGAUCAAUUUGCCCCAAAUUAGCUUGUUUUAAAAGGCACUAGAUAAAAGUUUACCUGGCUGGUCUGUAUAUAUAUAUAUAAUUUCUUGUUUUUCUUUUCCCCUUUAUUUUGUGACUGAAUGAAUGUAAAUAACCUAUGCUUUAUGAUGUACUGAAGAUAUUAUUUCUUUAGUUGGGAAUUAAACUCUCUAAAUUAUUA